GGUAAAAUCAAGCAUGGUGGUGAAAGGAGGAAGCUAACAGUAACGUACAAAUGCGAUAAAGUUAAUAAAAUUAGAUUUUUUGUUGGGUUUCUUUUGGGUGGGAGGGUAAACAUGGCUUCAAAGGAGACUGGCGCUUCUGAGCAUGCGCUGAUCGAUUUGAUAUAUCGGCAUUUAAAGGAGAGUGGAUAUAAGAAAGCAGCCAGCGCGCUCAAACAGCAUGCUCCUCAGGUAAAGUCUGGGACUGUAAAAGUGUCACUCAGUGAUAUAUUCAAGAAAUGGUUGAGUGAGGAACAGGAAAAGAAGAAUGAUGAAGGAAAAGCAUCCCAGACAGGUGCAGAGUCAACCACAAAUGCAGCACACAACACCAGGCGUGAGAAGAAGAAACCAGCUACACCCAGAAAUCAGAAAAGAAAAAGGUCUGAAGUGAAGACAUGCAAAAUUUCCAGUGUUGUAGAAGACCACAAGAAAGGAGGAGACUCGGACUUGGACUCGGACUCCAGUCUGGAUGUUGACAAAUGGAAGAAACUGGCCUUACAGCUAUCAGAUGCUGACUUUGCAAAAAUGGAUGCUUUUACAAACUUCACCACAUCUACUGCCAAGUCCACGAAGAAGCGAAAGCCAGCACAACCUAAAAAACAACCUUUACCCAAGAAAACUAAAGCUAAAACUGCCACCACCCCCACAAAAACUGACAAAAAGUCAACAGCGAAAAAAGCUUCUGAAUCCGACAAAAUUAAAACUCCCUCUGAAAAAGCCAUCAUCACAGACCCAAACGUAAAGAGUCCUGAAAGUAAAACUGCUCCCAGACUUUCAGAUCAGGUUGCGACCCCUAAGACAGCUGUAAGUAAUGGACUUUCAGAGAGUGAUGGAACUAAAGUUAAACGCAAGAAAAAGCAAAGCCUCUCGAAAUCUCAUGACAUUGAAACUCCAAGUAAAAAGGCUGAGAAAGAGAAAACUACAGAAUCUGAACCAGCUGAUACUCCGUGUAGGAUGACAAGAUCAAAGAGUAAUGCUGAUGUUACAACACCUGGAUGUUUAGAAACGCCUUCUAGGGUUACUGAUCCGGAUGAGCAUGGCAUUCAAACAUCUCAGUGUGGUUCAGAUUCAGUUGAAUUGUCUGAAUUGAACAGUCCGAAACAUUCUAAAACGCGUGAGACGAAAGCUAAGAAGGAUAAAUCUAAAAAAAAGGCAAAAAUCGUGGAGUCUGUAGCCACAGAGACCUCCUUAGCACCUCACACUGAGGAUGGUACUAGCUCUCUAAAAUGUGAGCAGUCAAAAAUAAAUCAGGUUUCAGAGGUUAACCCAGCAGAGACUCCCUCUAAGAAAGCUAAAUCCAAGAAAUCUAAAGAACGUCAAGAACCUGGAGAUGUGGCCAUGCUUUCUGGAGAAUGUGAGCUCGAGGUUAACAGUAGUCACUCCAACCAGCAUCAGACUGAGACCCUGUCAGCAUCAGUUAAAAAAUCUAAAAGUGUUGCGGGGUCAGAAACAGUUGAGAAACAGUCUAAGAAAGCUAAGAAAAGCUUAUUGGAGCCAAAUGGGACAGAACAUCCACCUAGAAAAAUAGAAACUCAAGCUGCUGCUAGCAUCUUGGAACCUCUCAGUUCAGAGACGCCUUCUAAAAAGUCUAAAACCAAGAAAGCUACAGAAAACCAUCAAACAGAUUCUCCAUCUAAAAAAGCUGUUGUGGAUGUCGGGGAAGGUGAGCUUGCCGCAAAUAGCAGUUCUUCAAAAUCAGAUCAUGUUGGCAGUAUAAGAAAGAGUAAAAGAAAGAGAGCUGACAGCUAUGGAGAAAAUCUGACUUCUUCAGUAACUGAACACGUAUCUAAAGAACAAUACAAUAGCCUCAUGCGUACCGAGAACAGCACCGAAAAUGAAAGCCAAGAAAGCGUUUUAGCAGUGGAGGUGGAAGGAACUCCAGAGCCAAAGAAGAGAAAGAAACAUAAAAAAGAUAAAGAGAAGGAGAAAAACGAAACUGCUGAAAAUGUUGAAGAGGUUCCACCAGCAGAGGAGUUGGCAGAUUCCUUGCCAAGCAGUCAGAAGAAAAAAAAAAAGAAAAAACAGAAACAUAGAGAGGAGGAUGUGCCACCGGUGUCUGAUCCUGCACCUGAAGAAGACUCUCCAAAAAAGAAAAAGAAAUCAUCAAAGAAGAAGGAGCACGCUGAUGUGUCCGAACAGGAACCCCUUUAAAAGCAAGACCCUGAUCCAGCCUGGAAACAAGAUGGACGCUAACAUGAAAUAUUGGAAAUGCCGUCCUACAUCCGUUCACGGUGUUUGUCUGUGAAAGUGUUGAUGAUUUCUAGAAAAGACAAACGUUUCAAUUUUUAAGUUUUAUUUUAAAUAUCAUUUGUUUUUAUAUACAGACAUUUUUAAUAUGUGAGAUGAAGAUUAUGCCAUGCUUCGACACUUUGUUUAUAGAAGACUAAUCAUAGAAACAUUCAAGCAAUUCUCCAGUGAUAAGGAACCUGUACUCAGAUACAAAUGAUCUGGAAUUUCUUUUACAUUUUUAUAAAUAUAACUCCAUAUUUCUAAA